GACCGCGGGCGCGGAUCCGUCAGUACUGAGGUGCCCGCGAGCGAGGCGGCACGUGCGGUGCGCGCCUCGCGUUGUUGCAUUGUUUUGGCUGUGUUCACCAUUGUUUUAUUCCAUCCGACCACAAUCAAUACGACUUUGAAGUGAAAUUCGUCGGCCUACAUACGUAUUUAAGAUUUUUGUACUGAUGUUAUGACAAUAUUAUACAUUAUCUUAGAUAAGUACCUGAGUGACUUAUUGACAAGUGAAACGCUCGAUUGUCCCGUUCAUAUAUCACGGUGGUUUGUGUUUUGCUAUUGAACCUCUAACGUGAAGUUUAGUGAUCACAGGAAGAGAGGAAGGCAUGCAAAUCAAUAACCGAGUGGAUGUCAAGCAGAGAGAAACUGAGAGCACUUACCGUGCGGUUUACACCACGGUUGCAUAUUGAUUGGACCUAUCGUGACCAUAAAGAGCUGUAAUAACAUCACGAUCAGACUUUAACGGAGGGAAUACCAAGAAAAGAAUCUAAGGAUUAUAAUACUAUAUACUUAUAUUCAAUAUACAAAAUAAAGUCGUUCAAAAUGUUGCGAUCCGACGAGAGUAUCAGAUAGUGGUCUCUUCACAAAGCAGUAUGGGUGCAAAUAUGGGCAAAAACUCGAGCCUGCUCGAUGCACUGCCAUCCACGCAGGGCACACUGCACGUCGUGAUGCUGGGCCUGGACUCCGCCGGCAAAACCACUGCACUCUACAGGCUCAAGUUCGAUCAAUACCUCAACACGGUGCCCACUAUAGGUUUCAAUUGCGAGAAAGUUAAAGGCACCAUUGGAAAGUCAAAAGGUGUCAACUUUCUUGUGUGGGACGUCGGCGGUCAAGAAAAAUUACGACCACUGUGGAAAUCCUACACGAGGUGUACGGAUGGCAUUAUAUUUGUCUUAGAUUCUGUAGACGUAGAGAGGAUGGAAGAGGCUAAAAUGGAGCUUAUUAGAACUGCUAAAUCACCAGAUAACACCGGUGUGCCAAUACUCGUGCUUGCAAAUAAACAAGAUUUACCGGGAGCUAAAGAGCCCCGGGAGUUAGAAAAACUAUUAGGACUUCACGAGUUAGUAUCUUCUCCACAUGGGUCUCGGGAUGCACAUUCGUGGCACGUUCAACCAGCAUGUGCUAUCACAGGAGAAGGUCUUCACGAAGGCCUCGAAUCAUUAUAUGAAAUGAUACUCAAAAGAAGAAAACUUGCGAAAUUACAAAAGAAACGAGUUAGAUAAACUACUCAUAUACGGCAAAAGCUAUAUGGUUAAAGUUUGUCAAUGUCCUAAACGAUAAAGCUAAGAUACCAUUUGAGGUAUGGAUACUGCUAACGUUGUCCACGGUAGAAACACCAAAUAUUGUUUUUACGAUAGAUUUGUAACGUCUUAU